GUGUCUCUCUGUCUCUCUCCACAUAUCUCUCUUUCCUUCUUUCUUCCCCACUGAUUGAUCAGGUAAAGGUUUACUAUCUCAGCCAUCUUUUCUCUUACGAACACUCUCCCUCUCUCCUCAGAUAUCUCCGAAAUACCUGCUUUUCCUCUGUUUCCUCUAAUGAUCAUUUUCUUCCAUUGGAAGACUCUGAUUUAGAGGAUACUUGUUUGUUUCCUGUUCUAAUUUUUCGUUUUUUUUUCCUUUUCCUGCGAGCAGUCACGAUGUUGACGAUGACAAAGCAUGGCGGCUGGUAAUAGAUGAACAUCGUUGAUAACUUAAGCUUAUUUGCGUAAAGACUGGUGCUUGAUCUUCAAUCCUCUUGGUCUGGUACUAUAUCGGUCUGAUUUUUGUUGUAGGGUUGCAUGAUUUUCUGGCAAUCGAGGGAGGAGAUGAUAUGUUUUUUGACCCAUGUUCGGAUUUGCAGCUGCUGGAUGAGAAAGUGAGAUAGAUCUUCCUUUCUUUAUUUCUUUAGAUUGUUGCCGAGGUUGGGUUUAAGAUCCGAUUGCUGUAAUUUUUGGGAAAUUGGUGGUCAGAUUCUGGAAUUUUUUUUGUUGAAUGCUGUGAUACGAACACGUAUCUUCUUUCUGGGAAGAAGAUCGUUGAGGUGUGUAUCCUAAGUAUAUAAAGAAGGAUGCAAGAGGAAAAAAUUAUUAGAGAUAGCAAUGGUUUAUACUUGUCAAAUAAGGAUAAUACUAAAGGUUCGUUUUCUCCUGAGACUGAUGAUGCUGGAAUUGGAAUGCCAAAGACAGAGAUUGUUCCCUUUUCUCAGGAACAAGGUGAGGGAAGCAAUGUUGUAUUCUCCCAUGAAACCCAUCUGAGCAAUGGUUUACACGUAUCUAGUAGUUGUAGCUGUGGUUUUAAGGAGCUCAAAUCCAGUGAGGCCGAUGCUGAUGGUGAUGGUGAUGCUAUGUUGAUCAAGAAUGAUAAAGAUGUUCCCGAGAAGAAACUCUGUAGACAAGACAGGGUUGAGCUGCGGCGUUUAUAUCAGGGUGCUGUGAGUUCUCGUGAUUGGGAGCUUGCUGAAAAAUUGAUAUCAUUGGCAGAUCUCCAGAUGCUUAAUGAUGCUUUAUGCAUUUCGCUGGAUUCAAUAUGGUUCUUGAGCACAGAAGAUGAGUUACAUGGUAUUACUGGACUAAUCAAGAAAAUUAUUUCAAAUGGUGCCUAUGAUUUCACUAGAGCUGCUCUUAGGACUUCUUUCCUUGCUUCAUGUGUUUUUGCUUGCCAGAGUAGAACAAUGAGUUUGGCUGAUACCGUUACUGUCAUGGCUCUAAGGUUACAUGAGCGUCUCCAAGAAUGCAAUGGAGAUGAGGUUUUGAAAGCUGAAGCGGGUGCGAAAGUUCAAAAGUUCACAGAGUGGGCUUUAAAAUGUAUAGGUUUUCAUUCGCGUGGUAAUAGAGAUAUAGCAAGCCAUGCCUCUGCUGUUGAGAUUCAGCUCCAGUUAUCCGCUUUCAAGACAUUUCUAGAUCUUUCUGGCAGCCAUCUUACUGGGAAAGAUUUUACAGAGGCCUUCGACGCAGCUUGCUUUCCUCUCACGCUCUUCUCCAGUUCAUUCGAUCCCGGUUGGGCAUCUGGCUUAUCAGCAACAGCAAUUCAAGGUUUGUUAGGAAUGUUGGUUGAAGGAGGAGCAGACAAUGUCAACCAGUGUUUUCUUGAAGCCUCGCGUUUUGGGAGCACAGAACUUGUUCGCAUACUGUUGCAGAUUGCACAAAGGAACAGCUUAGACGUAGAUGUUGACCUUGCACUAGGUUUUGCUUCACAUUACGGUAAGAUCGGAACAAUGGAGUGUCUAGUGGAGGAAGGGAAUGCAAUGGCUUUCCUGGGUCCUAUGAUGAGAGCAGCCGAGAGAGGUUGCAUGCAGGUGGUUCAGUGGUUCGUGAAGAGAGGCUGUCGUGACAUGGAGCUGUGUCUAGCUCUGACAGCCGCAACUUCGAGUAGUCAAGUGGAGAUAGUUGGUUACCUUCUCCCUCACGUUCCCCAACACGUGCUGGCAGCCCUAAGCGUAGAAAUCCUAAAAGCUGCGGGCGAGAGAAGCGCGGGUGGAUCCCUCGAUGGAGUCGCCUAUCUCCUCGGUUCCAAUUUCCUGAGCGACGAGGCAUCGACUUACGCAGUGGCGGACAGCAUCGCCCGGUCCGACGAGGAAUCUAUAGCGCAGGAGCUAAGGGAAUAUCUUCUUGAAGAAUGGUCGGAAGAGGCAUUCUUGGAGGGGAAGAGGGAGGGUCGAGAGCAUUAUAUGAAUUUUGUUAGGAUAGUGAAGUGGGGAGAAUCGCCUAUUUGUCUGAGCCAUCUCCCUGGCCCGUUAAGAGUGGCAGUUGCGUACUUGCCUCUUUAUAGGGAGUGUUUGAAGGCGGCGGGCGGUUCCUUGUUUACUCAGAGGAUGAGGGGACGGUUGGUGGAAGCGGUUAGGAGUUUGGAGGGUUGGGGGUCGGAAGAUGUUAGUUAUGGGAGACAGCUAUUGGCGGCUGUGGAGCAUCAUCUGCCUCCGUUUUUCGUCACUGGCGGUUCUGUAUGUGACAAAUAAUGAAAGCUUAUCGUUAUUUUUUUUUUUUUCCGAGAGGGGAGAAUGUUUGUUGUUCUGUUGGGAGGGUUUUCGACGACUUAGUCAUGUUAUUAAUGGCUUAUGGUUAUGGAUAUGUAAUAAGGGCAUUGAAGCUGAUCAUAGCAAUGAGCUGAUGAAGGCCAUAUAACAUAAACAAAACAAAAAAAAAGAAAAAGAAGCCAAGGUCCAUAUUAUUGAAGUUGUU